GCCGCGGAGGCAGUCACCUCCCAUCGCACCCGCGGCGGCCUGGGGGACCAUGAGCGCGCUCCGCUUCCCCCGUCGCCGCCAUGCGCGAGUGUCCCGCGUCGUCUCCUUCAGCGCGAGCCACCGGCUUCACAGCAAGUCCCUGAGUGACGAAGAAAACUUGAAACUGUUCGGGAAGUGCAACAAUCCAAAUGGCCAUGGGCACAAUUACAAAGUUGUGGUGACAGUACAUGGAGAGAUUGAUCCUGUUACAGGAAUGGUUAUGAAUUUGACCGACCUCAAAAAGUAUAUGGAGGAAGCAAUUAUGAAGCCUCUUGAUCAUAAGAAUCUGGAUCUGGAUGUCCCAUACUUUGCACAUGUUGUGAGCACGACAGAAAAUGUAGCUGUCUGUAUCUGGGAAAACCUCCAGAAAUUUCUUCCCAUGGGAGUGCUUUAUAAAGUAAAAGUGUGUGAAACUGAAAAUAAUAUUGUAAUUUAUAAAGGAAAAUAGCUCUUAGGGAUUAAUAUUGUAAAAAGACCAAUUACUUUCCAUGUUUGAAAAUUACCUUUGUCCCCUUGGAGUAUUAAGAAGUCAUCACAUAUUGGUUGUACCUCCACAUUGUUUUCUGGGGUACCUGAUGUAUUGAAAUCAUUGUAAAUUUAAAUGUAUUUUAAAACCAAAUUUGUAAUGUAUCUUGAAUAUCAUUUAGAGUCUGUAUCUAUAGAUUAAAAAUCAUUUCAUUGUCUAAGAAUGUUUUUGUGCGAAAUUACCUGAAAGCAAAGGAGAUCUGUUUUUGUUAUUUUCUCCAUUAUCUCAUUUUUGUAUCCAUUUUGUUUUCAUAUAUCUAACUGGUAAAAUGUUUAUAAGAUUUACAGCAGAUAAACCUUAAAACAAUAAAACACAAGGGACCACAAAGUCUGGAAACAUAGACUAUGUAUAUAUAUAUAUAUAUUUUUUUUUUUUUUAUUUCUUGCCAGUUCAGCUUCUUAGAGGCGUAUAACUUAUCGAUAGCAGUUACGGUAAUCAUCUGUGCAACAUUACCCUUACUGCGAUAUUUCCAUCACUGUUAACUGCCACUCUCUCUCUCCCUCCUGCCCCUGGUCACCACUAAUAAAGUUUGUUGUCCAUA